AUGGGUGCGCGGGAUUCUCCAGAGGCUUCUUGGGAUCUGGCCUCCGCGCUGCGCGCGGGGUUCGACGACGCCGGCAUCGACGAGUCGUUCGAGGACAAAGUCGGGGAGGUGAAGGAGAUUACGCCCGAUGGGGGCCUGAAGAAGAAGAUACUGGUGGUGGGCAGCGGCUGGGAGACGCCCGAGAAGGGGGAUGAGGUCACAGUCCACUACACCGGCACCCUCGAGUCCGACGGGUCAAAGUUUGACUCGUCCGUUGACCGCGGGGAGCCCUUCAAGUUCACGCUGGGAACCGGCAGCGUCAUCAAGGGCUGGGACCUGGGUGUGGCGACGAUGAAGAAGGGCGAGAAGGCCGUGCUCACCUGCAGGUGA